CAUCCAGUGCUUACGCGGCUGUGUUCAUGAGAGGUGACAAAUCAUGGGCAGCUGGGAUUCAUGAAAAUGCCAACAUGUCUUCAAUCCUUGGACUCCCUGCAAGAGGGUCAGAUGUAACUGUUCUCAUAACCAAGGUUAACUUGAAUCCCUUUUGUACUCUUGUGGAAUUAUGGGGAACAUUUGACCUAGAGAAGACAGCAGAUUACGAGUGCCUUUUCAAAGAAAUCCAAUGCCCUGGUAACUCAUUUCAAGAGUUUGAAGGAAAUCCUAGUGACCAGUGCUUGGUUCAGAUAGACGCUACUUGGUACAGAUCCCGCAUUGUCUCAAGGAAUGGGUCAAUCUACAGUGUGUUUCUCAUCGAUAAAGGGAUGACAUUUAACACCACCAGAAACAAGCUGGCAUGGGGUAGGAAGAAGCACUACCAGCUGCCACCCAAAGUGGCAUUUUGUAUACUAGCUAAUGUGUUACCACUCUCACUUCAGAAUAGAUGGUCUCCUGUGGCUCUGGAAUUUCUGGAAUCUCUUUCCGGUAAGCCACUGAAAGCGCAUGUGCAAGAUGUACUUGUGCCACACAGAACAUUACUCCUGCACAUUCCAUCCAUCUCCAAACAAAUGUAUGAGAUGGGGAUUGCCAGGAAGCUGUCUCCAGAUGUGUUUCAGGACUUUGUUCUCACGUCACUGCAGUCCCAAAAUGCAGAUGAAGUGUCUCCGGUGACUCAAAUACCGAUUGAAGCAGGUGAGCGACUGCACAAGACAGAGGUCUUCCUGUAUCCAGAGCUGCCGAACGGAACUGUGGAGACCGUCAUAGUCACAGAAGUCACAAAUCCGCAGAGGAUAUUUUGCCAGUUAAAGGUUUUCUCACAAGAGUUAAAGAAACUCUCGGGGCAGAUCACACAUUGCUGUGAGGGCAGAACAACCAAUUGCAUUGUAGGUCCAGAAAUGAUUGGGUUUCCAUGUGCUGCACGAGGAAAUGAUGGCAAGUGGUACCGCUCUGUUUUACAACAGGUCUUCCCGUCCAACCAAAUGGUAGAAGUGUUGAAUGUUGACUAUGGAACAAAACAGUUUGUUAAAGUGGAGAAUGUUAGACCUCUGGGUGCAGAGUUCUUCAGGAUGCCUGUUGUGACUUACAUCUGUUCCCUCCAUGGAAUCAUUGACGAAGGGGGUGGAUGGACAACCAGCCAGAUUGACUAUCUCAGGACCCUUCUUUUGCACAAAACGGUGAUUGCCAAAUUUGAGUACCAAAGCAUCUCAGAGGGCGUUCACUAUCUCACACUGUAUGGGGAUGAAAACACAAACAUUAACAACUUGUUUGGUUCCAAUCAGAGCUGUUUUCUGGAGAGUGAGAAAACACUUGGAGAUUAUGCCAUCAGCACUGCACACAGCCGCAAGCAUACAGCUCAGCAAGAAACAAAUCAAAGAAAGAUGCUAACUCCUGGACAGGGUGUAGAGCACAAAGAUGGGAAAGGAAUCAUACAAAAGUUGCCAGCUGAAGACCUUUCUCUCAACUCCUCCCAUGUGGCUUUUGUUCAGCACGUAUCUGACCCAUCAGAGUUUUGGAUCCAAACACAGAACUAUGCAAAUGAGUUGGAUGAAUUGAUGGAUGGUAUCUACCAUCUGUACAAAGAUUCAGUGAAUAAAAAUGUGGUGACAAAUCCAACUGUUGGGCUGUUCUGUGCUGCCAAGUCAGAAGAUGGUGACUUCUAUAGAGCAACUGUGGCUGAAGUUGGUGAAAUACAGGUCAAGGUGUUCUUUGUUGAUUAUGGAAACACUGAAAUGGUUGACAGGAGGAACAUCAGGACCCUUCCUGAUGAUUUCAAAAAGUUGCCAUGUCUUUCUCUGAAAUGCACUCUGGCUGGUGUCAGGCCAAAAGAUGGAAGAUGGAGUCAAAGUGCUUGUGAGUUUUUCAUAAAAGCAGUCACAGAUGUAGAGCUGACUGUACAUGUGACAUCAAGGUACGAUGAUGGCUACGUUGUUCAACUAACAAAUCCUGACGCACAGGGAGAAAGAGAUCUGAGCACACUGAUGUGUUGUUCUGGCCGUGCUGAAAAGGCCGAAACACAGAGACAGCCCAAAGCCCAAAUGACCACGCAACCUGCCAUCCUACCACAACUUACAGAUGCUAGCCUCUCGGGUGUAGGGUACAGGAGCAAAGAAAUGCUUUUCCAGUCUCAAAACACAGUUCUGCCUGCUGUGUAUGAAAGUAGAAAUUCUCAAUUUAAGGAGCAUAUGUUUCCCAUUGGAAGUGUCCUUGAUGUCAGUGUGUGCUACAUUGAAAGCCCAAACAACUUCUGGUGCCAACUGGUUCAAAAUGCAGGGCAUUUGAAAGUGCUCAUGCGUGACCUACAGGCUCAUUAUGCAGACACUGAGUUUCAGCCCCUUGUGGAAGCAGCUUGUGUAGCUCGCCAUCCUGAAAAUGGAAUGUGGUACAGGGUCCUUGUAAUUCACAAACAUAAAACGUCUGAUGUGGAUGUGUUGUUUGUUGACUUUGGCUCAAGGGAGACAGUCCCCCUCCAUGACCUAAGGAGGAUUAGCCCACAAUUCCUUGUUCUGCAAGGCCAAGCUUUCCGAUGCAGUCUGUUAAACCCUGUUGACCCUACGUCUGCCAUAAAUGACUGGAACGAAGAAGCAGUAGCAAGGUUCCACAGCUUUGUGGAAACUUCAGCAUCCGACUUUGUGAUUUUGAAGUGCACCAUAUAUGCUGUCAUGUACAGUGAGCAGAAGGUUCUUUUCAACAUUGUGGAUCUAGAAACUCCCUUUGAGAGCAUCUGCACAAGUAUGGUAAAUCUUGUCAAAAGUGCCCCUCCAAAAAAAGCUGCUUCGCCCUCUUUCCGUCUGGACACAUACUACUACUCGACGCACAAUGUCAAAACUGGAACAGAGGAACAGGUCACGGUGACAUCUGUAAACAAUGUCGGUCAGUUCUACUGCCAGCUCGAGAGAAACGCUGAUGUGAUGAAAGAUCUCAAGAUCAAAGUGAACAAUCUCUGUUUUCAGCUUGAGAAGGUAAAGCUCCCAACAGUCUUUGGAACUUUGUGCUUUGCAAGGUACACUGAUGGACAGUGGUACAGGGGACAGAUCAAAGCCACUCAGCCGGCAAUUCUGGUUCAGUUUGUGGACUAUGGUGACACUAUUGAGGUGGACCAAUCAGACUUGCUUCCUGUUCCCAGAGAGGCUAUUGACAUCAUGUCUGUUCCUGUGCAAGCAGUUGUGUGUAGUCUCUCCGAUGUCCCUGGCGAUGUUCCCAGGGAGGCAAACAGCUGGUUUGAAACAAGUACGACAGAAUGCACAUUUCGAGCAUUAGUGGUGGCCCGAGAACCAGAUGGAAAAUUGCUGGUUGAGCUGUAUCAAGGAAACGCUCAAGUUAAUUCAAAGAUAAAGAAGAUGUUUCAGAUUGAGAUGCAAACAGAAGGGGUGGUUGUCCGCCGGGGUUGGAGAGCAACCGAGGCUUCAGCAAAUUAUGACCAAAAGACUGCAAAGAUUUUCCCAAAACAAGAAGAAAUGGAAGAUCACACUCCGACCAUCAAAAAUGUGUCUGCCCCAAAACCAACCUGCCAAAUGAGGGAUGCUGACAUAAAUCUUCAGCCUUCAUCAAAAACUUGUCGGAAGAACAAAAGUCUCUACAUACCUCCACACCUAAGACAGUCAGACAGAAAGACACCAAACGAUACAGGAAAUGGUUAUGAGCCGACAUGUGCCUAUAGCAAACCAAAGAAGGUCAUCAAGUCCAAAUCUCCUGACCCUGAGAAGGAAAGCAAAACUGAAACAUUCCCUAAACUUGCAGACCUGCCGACAAAAUCUAUCACAUCAGGUAUGGAAGCGGAUGUUUAUGUCUCGCACUGCAACAGCCCUUUGAGUUUCUAUGUCCAACUUGUCAGUGAGGAGGAUGACAUAUUCUCCAUUGUGGAAAAGCUAAAUGAUCCCAAAUCCGUCCCCCAAACCGACAACCUCAAAGAGAUGAGUCCAGGUGACCUUGUGCUAGCGGAAUUUGCAGAUGAUUCCUCAUUGUAUCGAGCAGUUCUGAGGGAGAUCCAUGGCAAUACAAUGGCUCUUGUCGAGUUUAUUGACUUUGGAAAUACAGCAAUGGUUCCAAUUUCAAAAAUGGGCAGACUCCAUAAGUCCUUCUUGCAGCUUCCCAUGUACAGUACACAAUGUUUGCUGAGAGAGACUACAGGUCUUGGAAAAGAGGAUGUGCUUGCCCCAGAAGUGGUGUCAGCUUUCAAAGAAGACAUCGGUGGUAAUGGAGAAAAGACGCUCAAGUGCCAGUUCAUCAGGCAGUCAGGGUCUGUGUGGGAAGUCAGUCUUGAAGACAGCGUCGUAAAUGUCAUUUGUAAAGUACCUACAAAAGGUUCAGCGGAAAUCCCGGAAGUCAAGGAAAAACCUUCCAAGGAUUCCGACCUUCGGAACAUGCCAGAAAACUCUGAGAAAUUGCUGAACUCCUGCUCUCUAAGCUACCACCAACAAGAUUUUUCAGAAGGACAAAAGUUAGAGGUCUACGUCACCGCUAUAGAUGAUGUUCAAACCUUUUGGUGUCAGCCUGCAGACUCAGAAGAGCUUGAUCAGAUAACAUCAAGAGUCUCUAAAGUGGGAGAUGCGGCUGAUCACAAACCUAUUGACGCAAGCUCUCUUUCCUCUGGCAACCCAUGUAUUGCUCUAUUUUCAGAUGAUGCUUUUUGGUACCGUGCACAGGUCAUUGACAAAGAUGGGGAUGAGCUGUCUGUUGUCUUUGUAGACUAUGGAAACAAGUCCCAAAUCAACAACGCAGAUGUAAGGGAAAUGCCCUGUGAGCUGAUGGAAACUCCUCCACAGGCGUUUAGGUGCGAGCUGGAAGGCUUUGAUGCCUUACACGGGUCCUGGAACAGUAAUGCACUUGAUGAGUUCUCUGCACUAACAACAGACAAAGUGCUACAGCUGACUGUCACCAGAGUGACUAGAGAAGGAGAAAACGUGAAAUGCCUUGUGCGGAUGGAAUGUGAGGGCCAGGUGCUAAACGAGGCGUUGAAAACCUGGUGGAAGAGCUCAACGACAGGAAACAAACCUGCAGUUGGACUAACAAAUACAUACAGUACACCACUUCUUAGUGAGAACCCUACAGAGUCCAUAGAUGAGUCAGAGAAUACCACUACCGACUUGGAGUCUCUGUCAGGAGAGAUUAAAAACAACACUGGUUCUGGUCCAACUGAAGGAGAUGGGGGCAAGGUUACAAAGGCAAGGGGAAAUUAUUCUACCAGUACGACAAAAGUGAAAAUGGUAAAUGAU